UUUUCUAAAUAAAACUUCUAAACAUUAUAGAUGGAGAAAUAUCAGGCUUUUAAUGCCGCGGUACUGAAAACUGUUAAGCCGCAGAACUCAAACAUGCGAAUGUUAGGGAAAGCGCUUCCUCUAAAAUUUUCCCGCCAUAUUUGUACUCUCUCAACGGCCAAUCUCACCGACCGUCACCUCCCCCAUAACAAUAACUUAGCUUGUGCAAGCAAACCGUCUGACCAAAACCCAACAUUCCAAAACGUGAUGUCGUUGAACAAAAUCCUCUCGACCUGCGUGCAAUCGUAUCGAAUACAACACACCGAAGAGCUGUUCGAUAAAAUGCCUCUAAAAGACGUUGUUUCUUGGAACAUCAUGCUAUCGGCUUUUAACAAAACCAGAAACCCUGCACGAGUCUGUAAGUAUUUCAAAGAAAUGCAAAGAGUCGGCAUUAUACCCAAUGAGUACACAUUCUCAAUAGUGCUCAGCGCGGUUCUGGAUAAAAUUUUCAAUAUUACAGUGCCCCAAAUUCAUGCACGAGUAAUUUCCUUAGGACUUAAUUUGAGUUUGUUUGUCGGCUCUGCUUUGAUAAGAGCAUAUGCAGCUGUUGGGGAUCAAAUGGCUUUAAGUAGAGUAUUUGAUGAAAUGUCGGCGAAAAAUAUAACUUCUUGGAAUGCUUUGGUUUCGGGUUAUAUGGAAUUGGGAUGCAUAAGUGAGGCUCAAAGAGUUUUUGAUGUGAUGCCUGAGAAAAAUACCGUUUCUUGGACUAUUUUGGUUAAUGGAUACAUUGCCAAUAGGAGAAUUAACGAGGCUAGGUCUUUGUUCAACAAGAUGAGUAAUAGGAAUGUAGUUUCUUGGACUGUGAUGAUUAGUGGGUAUGUACAAAAUGAAAGAUUUGUAGAUUCCUUAAAGCUGUUUUGCUUGAUGGUGCAAUCUGAUACUGGACCUAAUCAUUUUACGUUUUCUAGUGUUUUAGAUGCUUGUGCAGGGUGUUCUUCUCUUCUUAUGGGGCAACAAGUUCACUCAGUUAUUCUGAAAGCUGGUGUACCUCAUGAUGUCGUCUUGUUGACUUCACUUGUUGAUAUGUAUGGGAAGUGUGGUGAUAUUGUAGCAGCAUUUUGCAUUUUUGAGUCCAUGAAAAAUAAGAAUCUGAUGUCAUGGAAUUCAAUAAUAGGAGGAUAUGCUAGGCAUGGACUUGCAACAAGAGCAUUGGAGGAAUUUGAGAGAAUGAUAAAGAGUGGUGUUAGGCCAGAUCAGGUUACAUUUCUUAACAUAUUGUCAGCAUGUGGACAUGGGGGACUGGUGGAAGAAGGUGAAAAGCACUUUGGAUCAAUGGGGGCUAAGUAUGGAAUAAAAGCAGGGCUGGAGCAUUAUACGUGCAUGGUGGACCUAUAUGGGAGAGCAGGUCAGCUGGACAAAGCAGAGGAACUGAUCAAGGGAAUGCCCUAUGAGCCUGAUGUUGUUGUGUGGGGUGCAUUGCUUGGCGCCUGUGGCAUACAUUCUUCUCUGGAACUUGGUGCGUUUGCUGCAAGGGGAAUUAACAAGUUGAAAGAAGAUCAUCCUGUAGCUUAUUCAAUGUUGUCAAAGAUUCAUGGUGAAAGAGGGGAAUGGAAUGGUAUUGUUGGGUUGAGGAAGAUGAUGAAACAGCGGCAUGUUAAAAACCAGAAGGCAGGUAGUUGGAUCGAAUCUCCUUUGAGCGUAAGAUGAACAAAAUAACAGUUCCUCAUUCAAGGAGAACCGCGUACAUCUUUCAUGGACUGCUGUCCUUUAGUCUGUCCGGCCUGCUGCCUUAGGGUCGACCAAUAGUGAUCUGGUUUAAUGAAAUGUUCAAACUUGAAAAUCCAACACGAAA